UCUUUAAACGGAGAAUAACAUCAUCUAGUAUUGCAUAUGUCUAUCUGUCAUAUAUAACGAAUUCAAGGCAGAACCCAGGAUUAGGGUAUCCAAGUAUGACUGAGUCAUCGCCUGAACACGUUAUGUUUAACGUGUUGAAGAGUAUUGCGGUUGACGGAAGAGGGCCUAGAGUUGGUCGCCUAGCCCUCCCAAAACGAAAGAAGAUAGAUACGCCCAAUUUCUUUGGCCUCACAUCACGAGGAGCCAUCCCUCAUAUGACCCCCGAUGUCAUUGCGAAAUAUACCGAACUCAAUGGCACAUACAUGGCCCUGGAAGACUUCGUAGAAAAGUCCCAGAAGAGACUUGUGCCCGCUAUCUAUAACAUACCUCAGUCAGACGGGAAGGACGCUCUCCAUGCAUAUACCGCCACCCCUACGCCGGUGGCUACAGUGCUUGGCGCUCGCCGACAUCCGGCAGUGAUCGCCCCGAUGGGCAACGGGAAGGAUUAUAUCUCUAUAUACACUUCGACCGGUUUUCAGCAGUUGAAGAACAAAGACUACUACCGUGCCGUCGGGAGACUGCAACCAGACAUCGUCGUUCCCCUGGCCGACUUAACGUUUGGUAAUUCACAUAUUAGAGAGAAGCUUCCACACCCGAAACGACAGAUUCGAAUGACAGAACGGACGGAAGAUUGGUUAGCCGAGUUCAUAAAGCUGAAAAAUGCUGAGGGCGAAGGCGAGACAAUGAAGUCCGGUGUCUUCGCCUCGUUGUUGCCAGUCUCUUAUCCAAUGCAAUGGGAGUAUAUAACUCGUCUAUCGCAAGAUUAUGUUGAACAUCUAUCUGGCUUAGCAGUGUACGACGCAGAUAUUGUCCCCGAUUUGAUUGCACACGAGUCCUUAAAUCCAUUACCACGACUCUCGAUGGACUUCAUCACCUCUCCCCAUGAAAUUCUCCGGCAAAUCCGCCUAGGGCUUGACAUUUUUACGGUGCCAUUCAUUAACACUGUCUCGGAUGCUGGGAUCGCUCUAACUUUUUCAUUUCCGCCGCCCGCACCCUUAACCGCGGGUUCAUAUCCACUAGGAAUAGAUAUGUGGUCUCAAGACCAUCAAAUAUCGUUAAAGCCACUGGCAGAUGGGUGUGAAUGCUACACUUGCACCAAGCAUCACCGUGCGUAUCUCCAACAUCUGCUAAAUGCUAAGGAGAUGCUUGGAUGGACACUUCUUCAAAUCCAUAACCACUAUGUCUUGGACGCUUUCUUCAAGGGAAUCCGAGCUACACUUGACGCAGAACCCUCGACAUUUGAACGGGAUUGUGAAGACUUUUAUAGGUCAUAUGAAUAUGAGCUUCCGAAAGGUACCGGAGAACGGCCGCGCGCUCGGGGGUAUCACUUCAAGACUGAAGGAGGACAGUCAAAGAUAAAUCCUCCAGCGUGGGAGAAUUGGGGCCAAAACGGAGCUGAAGAUCCAGCGCUAGCCGGAGAAAUGGCAGGACUUGCUGUGACAGGAGCGACUGCUGAAGGAAAAGAGACUCCAGUCGUCCCUGAUCCCAACUCUAAUGCUAAAGACUUGGACGAGAAAGGGUUUGCUGAAAUAGACCGGUGAGCUGUUAUAGUCAUGCAAUGGCCAGACAUCCUGUCGCAUUUGAUGUGUCAUCUAUAGCUUUAUGACCUAGGAAACAGCCAGGUAGGUUUACAAGAAAACGAGGCCUGGCUGCCCGGACGGUGAGAUUGAUCGAUAU